AUGAAAAGAAUACUAUGUGCUGCUUACGAGAGGUACAAAUGCACACCAAGAGAAAUUAAGAUAAUAGAUAUUUACCUCCUUUUCACUCUUUCCUCAUUAAUUGUUUUGUCGUUCUAUGCUUAUCUUUUUUCAUUUUUCGGAGAAAAAAUUUCAGUUGCUGCGAUUUUCACAUCCAUCGGAAACAUAACUUUUUUAGUAGCCCUCAGGGAGCAGAUUACGAAUAAAAACUUAUUUAAUCUCAAAAGAGAAAAAAUCAUAUUCGAUUUCGUCCUGUGUUCCUUGGUAAUGUACAUUUGUGUAUUCAGCUACAUGCACUUAAAUUAA